AUGGACAACUUGCCUCCGAAGCUUUUAUGCGACAUCGUCGACCUCGCAGCGACGGCACAAUCUUCCGCCUACAAACCUCAUCUGUCACCUUAUGCUGCGGUCUCCGAGAAAUGGCAACAGCUCAUCGAGUCUAAACAGUUCAGCUGCAUCAGAAUCAACAACGAAGAUAUAGACACUUUCGCCAGUGUCUUCAGCGACGAGAUGAAUGGCGAACACCGCCGAGCAGCGUUACAACAACUGUUCCUGCGUGUAUACUCGCCUGUUCGACCGACCAAGCCUAGGAGUGAGUCUACCAUAGAAGAGAGAAGAGACGAGGUCGCUGCCAACGACACAGUGUUUUCGAAAAGCCUGCAGUCACUUUUCAGCGCCUUGCAGCCGUGGUCAUUAGGAAACUUGCUUGAUUUAUAUCUUUUCGUACCGACGAGAGACAGCAAUGGAUUGUUCGCUUGCCGUACAGAGCCUCGGAUCCUUGCUCUGGAGUCCCUACCGCGAGUCUCUUGUGUCGAGAAGUUCGUAUCUAGGGGUCAGAUGAAUCUGCCUACAGAGACUCUGGUUGGUGUUGCGUCGAGGCUUCCAAAUCUACGACACGUGGAUUGGCAAAUCGCAGAUGGCGAUGGGAGACCAGCGCUCCUGAUUCAACGACGGCAGAAUCGAUACGGUGAGUUAACCAAACCAAUCGUUUUGAAAGUGGUCGCGCCGACACUAUCUCGCAUUCAUCGAAACCCCACUGACAUUACCGCGUCUCGCGCUUCCANNGACUUUGCAAAUCAGCUCCUAGGUCUGAAGACAUCAUGUCCUGAACUCACGACAGUUGAACUUGCCUUCAGUUCUCCAUUGCCUGGGCGUAAACUAAUCACAGAAGUACCAAGCAUACUCCUGCCCUAUACGUCCAUUGAUCAUCUAUGCGUUUCUCUACGCCGGCUCAGUCAAUCUUUACAACGAGUGGUCCUAAGCAAUCUACCCAUCUCCACCCAACUAUUCUGGCCUAUCCAAGACGAUGAAGAGGCUGAUGAGGAAGACGAGCCUUUUGGGCCAAACUUGACACAUUUCGAUCUCGAAUUUAGUGUUUGUGCCGCAGAGGGUGGGCGAUGGGCUGAUCCUCCUUCGUCUUCUUGCUCGUGUCGCGCUGGUCCGACAAAUACACCUGACGAGAAACACCAAUCAGAACGUCCCUCUCAAAUGUCUGAACUCAAUUCACCUACCUGGCCUUCUGAGGAGCUGGAGGAUCUAUUCCUUGUCAUUGCCAAAGCUAUCGCUCGCAUGCCUAUGCUUCAAAGCUUUCGUGCCAGGGUGGGAAAAAGCUCAUACUUCGACCCUGAAGACCAGGGCUUUGCGAUGCACUAUACUAGCCCUAUCGAAAGGGAGAUUGGUAUCGAUGGGACGAUUCUUAAAAAACACUUGUAUUGGAAUGCACCGCCUGAAUGGCGAAUGAGUGUCACACUGGAAGAGCAUUGGAGAAACAUCCUUGGAGACACGGGAGUAGUCAAGUAUCUUGCAUGA